AUGGUUAUGAGAACUCGAGUGGUCGGAAAAUUGCCAAAAACUGGAAACGAUUUCAUGGCGAAACGACCAGAAGCAUCUAGUGAUCGACCUUUUUCACACGAUUUUGUUCGACCAGUUUCAUUGCCUGUAAACUUGGAGGGGAAUAUGGACAGCUGUAAUAAAAAUCCGUCGACUUUUGGGGGAUAUUUAAUGGCUUCUUCGCUUGGAAAGCAGGACAAGUUGCAGGUAACGCCCGCGAUGGAUGAAAUUUCUUCUGAAUUGGAUAGGCCGCAUAGCCCACAAAAUGAUGUUGAUAAAGCUUACAGUGUGGAGCUUGAGCCUCCAGAAUCUCAAAGAGUGAGUGCAGAUACAGAAAUCCUGAAACUUCGGCUGACAGAGGCAUUACAAGCGGUCGCGAAUGCGAAGGACGAAAUACAAAGUGAGAUCGCGAGACGUAAGAAAGCAGAGGCGGCUGCCAUGUUAUCAACUCACAAGUAUAAAAAUCUUGAAGUCGCCUUCAAUGAAGCAACGAAAGAGAAAGAAGAAGCGAUCUCUGGCAGGCUAGUUCUAAAUGGGCGAAAGGCGGGACAAGAGGUCGAUGAAAUACAUGUUCCAAGUUUCUUCCUCUGUCCAAUCUUCAGGGCUUUUAUUGAUAUUGAAAAUUAUACUUCUGAGAAAGAGAUUUGUUCCGAUUUGCAGGAAGUUAUGCAGGAUCCUUACAUCGCUGCUGACGGCUUUACAUACGAAAAGGACGCAAUCCAAGGGUGGUUUGAUUGUGGACAUGAUACAUCUCCCAUGACAAAUCAAAAACUUGUGCAUAUGAAUCUGAUUCCUAACUUUUCUCUGAGAUCAGCCAUUCGACAGUGGCGAGAGAGGGGAGAUCUUUCAUUAAAUUAG